AUGUCAUCCUCUUCACCACUCACGCCAAAAACGCCUGCGGAUGAAGGCAAAGAGUUUUUUCUGAGAGAAAGACAUGAGGGAGAGCAGCCGAUACGCGUAUACGAGCUGAGGCUGGAUCCUGAUGGUGGCCCCAACAAAGACCGAUCUUAUAUACGUCUCCCUCCAGCGUAUGUUCCGUAUAUUCUUCGCGUGUCGCUUGAUGCAGGGAUGCCGGCUUCCAAGAAUGGUGUCUUCAAGACCAACUUUCCUCUUGACGGAGGGGCAUUUGGACGCGACAAAUUCUGUGAACGAAAGUUACCCACCAAUUUCUCGAAGCCGAUUCAAGUCGAUCUUCCCAUAUCUCAUGCAGGAGCAUUCGUCUAUUGGAUCGAGUAUGACGGCGACAAACCUGGGGAGCGAAUCAAGGGCCGAGAAGGCUACAUCAAUAUAGAUCCCAUUCUCCGCAUAAAGGCGCGCUCUUCUGUCCUAUCUUCGGACCUGAGGCUGUUGUUACCCUCUGAGGGCGGUCUUGCAGUAUCACCAGAAUAUAUCAAUCUACCACUUGGUGGGCUUGUCAUAUUGACUGUGGUAUCUAAGUGGAUGGGUCCGAUCUCACAAUGGCGGCAGCAUUUCUCUGAGGCUAGCGAACGAGGAUACACUAUGCUACAUUGGACACCUUUGCAAGAGCGAGGCGAGAGCGAUAGUCCAUACUCAAUCAGAGAUCAAACGAGGUAUGAUCCAUCUAUGUAUGACGAGAAAAAAGAUUCCGACUGGGAAAAGGCAAAGUUAGAGGAGAUACUCAAUGUUGCUAAGGAGGAAUUUGGCUUGCUUAAUUUAACCGACGUGGUGCUGAACCACACGGCGAACGACAGCAAAUGGCUAGUGGAUCAUCCAGAGGCCGGUUACAGCCCUGCGAACACUCCUCAUUUAACGCCAGCUUUUGAGUUGGAUUGUGCCAUGGUUGCCUUCUCUGCGGAACUCUCAUCAAAAGGCCUACCGACCCGUGUCACGUCAGAAAAUGACGUAGAAGUUCUUGUCGACGCAUUUCAUGGGCACAUCAAACUGUUAAACUUAUGGCAGUACUAUGUUCUUGACGUUCAGGGGGAAAAGAAUUCCGUCAAAGCAGCACUUUCUAGUAAAACUGUGCUCUGGGAGGGUCCGAAAUUGUCGGGUAAAUCCGUCGUCGCUUUGGCUGAUAUCCUCAGGUCAUCAGGAUUGGUUAAAGGUUUAGGAAAACUGGCCUCCCGGUUUGGCGUACAUGUCGAUGGUGGCGUGGCUGCCGGGUUCAUCAAGUCCGCAUUCAUUGAUCUCGAAGAUCCCAAUACGUUAGCUGAGGCAUGGGGUCGGGUGGUUGACGUAUUGAAUGUGCCAUUAUAUGCCGAGUGGGAUGAAGAUACGAAGAUCGCACUAGGAAAUAUGAAAAAUAGGCUAAGGUAUACCAGGUUAGAUGAAGGAGGUCCAAAGCUAGGCGAAAUAACGAAAUAUUCCCCGCUCGUGGAAUCGUACUUUACACGAUUACUGCAUCAACCCGAUGCUGACCCCAUGAAAUAUUCUCUAGCAAAUAACGGUUGGAUCUGGAACGCUGAUCCUCUGCAAAACUUUGCUCUUCUUCCGUCCAGAGCAUAUCUUCGCCGUGAAGUCAUUGUUUGGGGUGAUUGUGUGAAGUUGCGAUAUGGCUCUGGACCAUCUGACAACCCUUGGCUCUGGUCCUAUAUGACAUCUUAUGUGACCUCGCUCGCACACACCUUUGACGGCUUUCGUAUAGAUAAUUGCCACUCGACGCCUUUACAUGUUGGCGUGGCAAUGCUUGAUGCGGCGCGAGUGGUGAACCCAAAUCUGUACGUUUGCGCGGAGCUGUUUACAGGAAACGAAGAGAUGGACCUAGUUUUCGUGAGGCGUCUAGGAGUGAACAGCCUGGUAAGGGAAGCGGGGAAUGCCUGGGAUCCCAAAGAAUUUUCAAGGAUUUUGUAUAGACAUGGACUUGGGAAACCUCUCGGGUCCAUGGAUUCGGCCUGUUUAACUAGCAUGGAAGAACUCAGCCCUCCUUUUGGGAAAGGUCCGAUUAGACCUUGUAUUGUCAGCCCACUCAAUGGAUCCGUCCCACAUGCGCUCAUGUAUGAUCUCACUCAUGACAACGAAUCUUAUCUGGAUAAGCGUUCCGCAGAAGACGCUCUGUCCACUGCAGCCUUGGUAGCGUUUUCACAUUGCGCAAUUGGAUCCGUCAAGGGUUUUGAUGAUCUAUAUCCCAAACUACUGAAUCUCGUCUGUGAGAGGAGAAAAUACAAGGUCACUGGCCUUGGGGAGGACUCGGGGAUUGCAAAAGCCAAAAGAGCACUCAAUGGAAUACGUAGGGAGAUGAUCCUUGGUGGUUACGAGGAAGGGCAUGUGCAUCAAGAGAAUGACUACAUUGUUUUUCAUCGGGUUCACCCUCAUACUCAAAAAGGCUACCUACUUGUCGCUCACACUGCCUUCUCCAAAGGCUCCAAAGACCGUGGUCAUAUUACCCCUAUUAAACUUCGUCGCACUCGAGCAAAGUUUAUACUUGGCGCUUACAUUGAUAUAUUGUCAUCUGAGAUACCUCAAGAUUUAGAUACCCUUCAAGGGCUUCCCGGAAAUUUGGUUGGGAUGGCAGAAGUUGUCGUUCCUCAAGGUUUGGACGGUGAAGGACCUUUCUCCGAAAUCAUUGUCCCAGACCAUUUUCCCCCAGGAAGCAUAAUGCUCUUCGAAACUCAGCUGCAGCAACUCGAUGCAACAUUGGACAACGUCCGUGCCACGGGGGCGCAAGAAGCCUUCGCCGAUCUUAACUUAGUUGAUCUCAACGUCAUUAUGUUUCGUGCAGAUGGCGAGGAACGUGACGCCACGAAAGGCGAGAUUGGGGUGUACGAUGUGCCAGGUUGUGGAAAGUUAACGUAUUGCGGUUUAGAAGGGUGGAUGCAUCACCUUCGUCUUAUUAUACGCAACAAUGACUUGGGCCAUCCGUUAUGUGCACAUCUACGAGACGGGAUAUGGGCGCUGGACUACAUUCAUUCGAGGUUAACGAGACAACUAGUGACUUUCCCGAAUAUCUCAAAAGUUGCCGAAUGGUUCCAAGAGAAGUUUGACCGUAUCAAAGCCCAUGCUCCUCCUUUCCUCCGGCCCAAAUACUUCGCCAUUGUAAUUUCUGAAGCAUACAAGGCCUCACGCCGCGCUGCGAUUGAACAAUGUUCCACUUUUAUCUCUACAGGUCACGAUUUUACACAGGAUCUGGCUAUGUGCUCAAUACAAAUGCAUGGUGUGGUGCUUUCUGCUUCUCUAGACCCCGGAAAGCCUACACCAUCACUUGCUGCGGGCUUGCCACAUUUUGCAGCAGGUUGGGCUAGAUGUUGGGGGAGGGACGUAUUCAUAUCCCUAAGAGGAUUAUUCCUCACAACUGGAAAUUUCAAGGACGCCAAGAAACAUAUUCUAGCUUUUGCGUCGACACUGAAGCAUGGGCUAAUACCAAAUCUACUAGAUUCCGUAAGGAGCCCGAGGUACAACUCUCGCGACUCGCCCUGGUGGAUGUUGCAAAAUAUCCAGGAUUAUGUAGUCGAUGCACCAGACGGUCUUUCACUCUUAUCCGAGCCUGUGAGGCGCAGGUUCCCGAAGAAUGAUAUGUGGAUCUCAUGGGAUGAUCCUCGGGCAUAUGCUUAUACAAGCACAGUAGCCGAAAUCGUGCAGGAGAUCCUUCAACGUCACGCAAAUGGAAUCUCAUUCCGUGAAUACAAUGCUGGGCCAAAUCUGGAUAUGCAAAUGAACGAUGAAGGAUUUAACAUUCACAUCAGAGUAGAUUGGACCACGGGGUUCAUUUUUGGUGGAAACCAGCACAACUGUGGGACAUGGAUGGAUAAAAUGGGCGAGUCACAGAAAGCAGGGACAAAGGGUGUGCCAGGAACCCCUAGAGAUGGAGCGCCUAUCGAAAUAACGGGCUUGUUGAAGAGCACUCUGAGAUGGCUGGAUAAACUCUCACAAGCAGGAAACUUCCCUUUCAAGGGAGUCAAUGCAGAUAUUAACGGGAAGGAAAAGUUUGUGACUUAUAAGGAGUGGAACGACCUCAUACAGUCGUCUUUCGAAAAGUGUUAUUAUGUGCCCCUCGAGAGUAUUGAAGACGUGAAGUACAGCAUUAACCCUAGUAUUGUGAACCGAAGAGGUAUAUACAAAGACGUAUAUGGCUCAGGGUCGGGGCGCGAGUGGUCCGAUUAUCAGUUCCGCGCUAACUUCCCCAUUGCAAUGGCCGUUGCACCAGAGUUGUUUGACCAACAACACGCCCUUCAUGCCUUACAACUCGCAGACAAGAUAUUGCGCAGUCCCCUUGGCAUGAAAACAUUGGAUCCGAAUGACUUGCAAUAUCGUCCUUAUUACGAUAACUCAAGCGACUCCACGGAUGCCGCCACUGCCAAAGGCUUGAAUUAUCAUAACGGGCCUGAAUGGGCUUGGCCUCUGGGAUACUUUUUGCGAGCAUAUCUCUACUUCGAUACGCGGGUUGGAUCAGGCAAGGAGGAUAAUACGCAGACGCUGCAUCACUUGCAUAAAAUUCUCCUGCCAGCUCGCCGGUAUAUUCAAAAUGACCCAUGGGCUGGUAUUCCGGAACUAACAAAUAAAGACGGACAACACUGUCCACAUUCAUGUAACACGCAGGCAUGGAGCGCAAGCACGCUAUUAGAUUUCUUGGAGGAUGUCCAUAAGAUGGGACUUACAUGAAAACGUACAAGAUGUAGUUUCCCGGGGUUGGGUGAUGUUGUAAUGACAAUAAUGUUGCCUCCGGUCUCGAGCCCCUUCCAGGAUCUUUAUCUCAUGUAGAAAUUUCUCUGCGCGCAUCGAUAUUAUUUGAAGACAAGGUGUUAAAGUAACACCUAUGACAC